CGCAUGCGAUUGCGCCGUCGUCCUCAGCACGCUCUGUGCUAUUAGCUUUAUACAACACUAUAUAUAAUGGUAUUUAACACAGCGUCCGUUUAGAAUUUUGCAAUACUUUAGCUCAGAACUUGUAACGCGUCGGAGCUGUCGGUCGUCGUGCUCAGAAAAAUUCGCUGCUGUGAGAUCUUUUUAGUGAGCUGUGCUGAAUUUAAGUGGCUUUUAAUUCACGUUUUAUCGCGAGUUUGAAACUUGAUUCGGUUUUGAAUUUAAUUUAAUUAAAUUAAAUUUUAUUUUAUUUAUUGCUUUCAAAAUGCACUUGUUGGUUUUGUUUCUGCUUUUGCCAGCUGGAAGUAAGUGUGCCAGUGAUAUGUUUAUUUCAGGUGUAAUCUGUAAUCUGUGUUAUAUUUUUGUUGCUGUUGUUGCUGUUUUAGAAGUGGCCGCUGGCCAAAGGCUGUUCGCUUAUGAGCGCGGCAAGUGCGAAAUUUCAAUAAGCACCGUUUUAGGGGGCUUGGUCCAAACGAGCCUGAAAAGGUUGACCAAUCUGCCAACGCCCAGAUCCCAAGCCAGUCUUUUGCAAUAUGAUCUCUAUACGCCGUUGAAUCCGCAAGAGCGCCAGCUGCUGCGUCCGGGCGAUGUGAAUAUGCUAAAGAAUUCGUUUUUCAAUGGCAAGUGGCCAGUCAGAGUCUCCAUACACGGCUGGACGGGCAAGAGCAACACCUGCUACAAUGCGGCCAUCAAGGAUGCGUAUUUGUCGCGUGGCAACUUCAAUGUCAUCAUCAUGGACUGGAGCCGCCAGGCAAUGGACAUUAACUACUAUCGUGUCUCCAAGCAACUGCAAUCGAUUGCAGCCAGUGUUGCCAAAUUUCUGCGCUUUCUGCACGACAACACGGGCGUGCCCUACGAGCAGAUCUAUUUGGUGGGCCACAGUGCGGGCAGUCACAUCGCCGGCCUGACUGGCAAACAUCUGCAUCCCGCACGCCUGGGCGCCAUAUUUGCGCUAGAUCCAGCGGGUCUCACACAGCUUAGGCUGGGACCUACAGAGCGACUGGCACCCACUGACGCCAUUUAUGUGGAGUCCAUACACACAGAUCUAAAGCUGCUGGGCAACCCGCAGGGCAAUGAACUCAGUCAGGCCGCCAUCUUUCCCAACUGGGGUCGCGGACAGCCGCAAUGUCCAAAUGCCACGGCCGCCGAGUUUGACUUUGCCUGUGAUCAUUUUGCGGCCGUCUACUACUUUGCUGAGUCUGUGCGCCAGCCCAAUAUCUUUGGCGCGCUCCGCUGCAGCUCACUGCAGAGCAUACUAACAGCCACUUGUGGCUGCAACAUCGACAACAACUACGCCAAUGCAGUGUCUUGUGCCGCCGAUGCAUAUAUGGGCGGUGAGCCGGCUGUGCCCAAAGCGGGUGUCUAUUACCUAAGCACACUGGAGCAGCCGCCAUUCGGCAUUGCCGAUGGUCUAGUUCACAUACGACCACCAAAGCCGUCAACAAUUCUAAAAACAAGCGCGAUUCGAAGACUUCCAUAAGAUGCAGGCAAAAACAAAGGCGAAUAACCAAAAAUUAAUCUAUAGACUUAGUGUAGUUUUCUAUAUAUAAAAGAGGAAGUCCGGACUGACUGGCAGACUGAUUGAUUGGUGAUUAACGCUCAGCCUAAAUGGUGUGGGCUGAAAUUUUAACAGAAGCUUCCUUUUGAGCCGAAAGUUAGCACCAAGACGGGGUUUUAAAAUUUCGAAAUGCAAAUGGGUCAACGUUUGUAUGAAAAUCAUUCAACUGGAAUGCUGUCAUAUGAAUAUUGAUGCCUUGCCAUCGAAAUGUUAAAUCCUGUGCAACUUAGGUGUCUAGCCUGGGCCUCACAAAGUAACUUUUGACUAACUCGCCUUCCUGUUUAUAUUUUCCUGUCUUUUAUUAUAAAUAAAGAAAAUCUAUUUUAAAAAA